UCUCCCCAGACCCUGCAUUCACUGUAUCGGCUCUCCCCGGACCCCGCAUUCACUGUAUCGGCUCUCCCCGGACCCCGCAUUCACCGUAUCGGCUCUCCUCGGACCCCGCAUUCACUGUAUCCGCUCUCCCCGGACCCCGCAUUCACUGUAUCACAUCUCCCCGGACCCGGCAUUCACCGUCGUCCGCUCUCCCUGAACCCGGCAUUCACUGUAUCACGUCUCCCCAGCCCCUGCAUUCACCGUAUCCGCUCCCCCGGACCCGACAUUCACCAUAUCCGCUCUCCCAGGACCCCGCAUUCACUAUAUCCGCUCUCCCCGGACCCCGCAUUCACUAUAUCCGCUCUCCCCGGACCCCGCAUUCACUAUAUCCGCUCUCCCACAGUACACAGAACAUGGAAAUGC